AUGAAAGAAAUGAUUAAUUCGAAUGAAACCUCACAGAGCCAGGUGAGUGAAUUCAUUCUCAUGGGCAUCACAAAUCGUCCUGAGCUUCAGGGUUUCCUUUUUGUUGUGUUUCUUCUCAACUACAUGGCCACAGCUCUUGGGAACCUGGGCCUGAUCAUCCUAACCAGUGUGGAUCCCCACCUCCAAACCCCCAUGUACUUUUUUCUCAGGCAUCUGGCAUUUGUUGAUUUUGGCUCUUCCAUGGCUAUUGGGCCAAAAAUGCUGGUUAAUUUCAUAGAGGAGAAAAAUAUCAUUUCCUAUCAUGGAUGUGCAGUACAGUUAUUUUUUGUUGGGAUAUUUUUUGACAGUGAACUUUUUAUCCUCUCAACCAUGGCCUAUGAUCGCUAUGUGGCUAUCUGUAAGCCUCUCCUCUAUAUGCUCAUCAUGUCAGACAGGGUAUGUUGGCUCUUGGUGGCUAUCUCAUACCUCAAUAGCAUCAUGGUAUCCCUAGUAGUUGCAAUAAAGCUUUUUAACUCAUCUUUCUGUGUGUCAAAUAUAAUAAGACAUUUCUACUGUGACAGUCUCCCUCUAUUAUCCAUUGCAUGCUCAGACACAAGUGAGACUGAACUAAUUAUUAUGAUCUUUGCUUCAAUUAAUUUGGUUUCUUCCCUCAUGAUCGUCCUUGUCUCCUACAUGCUCAUUCUGGUGGCCGUCCUCAGGAUGAACUCUGCUGAGGGAAGGCACAAAGCCUUCUCCACCUGUGGCUCUCACCUCACAGUGGUGGUAGUAUUCUAUGGGACGCUUCUCUUCAUGUACCUCCAACCUCAGUCUAGUCAUUCCUUUGACACAGACAAAUUAGCCUCUGUGUUUUACACUCUGGUCAUCCCUAUGCUCAACCCUUUGAUCUACAGCUUGAGGAAUAAAGAGGUGAAAGGCGCCUUGGGGAGACUCUUUAAAAAAGUUAUGUAA